CCGCUCUCCCCACCCUCGGACAGAGGCCGCUCGGGGUGGCCGGGCCUCGGUGCGCUCCGCUGCGCGGGAAACCGCUGGUCUAAAAUCAGGCAUUUACGGCGGGCUGCCAUGGGGGCCUCUGCGCGAGGAGGCGGUGGAGCUGGCAGGUGUGAUGCGGGGCCCUUGGAAAUGCAGCCUCCCAAUCAGCGUGACCUGGCUGCUCUGCCUGGCAGGACAUUGGUAUGCACAGGCCACUUGUCCUGAUAUCACUGUGACUCGAGAGGUUCUCAAAGAUGGAUUUCACAGAGACCUACUAACAAAGGUAGAACUUGGAACAGUGGGUGAGGACAUAGGAUGUUGCAGUGUGGCGAUUAAAGAACAGCUUCCAGCAGGACUCUAUGUGGACCCCAAUGAGCUAGCAUCAUUACAACAGCACAAUCGAACUGAGGCCCUUAUAGUUCCAGAUGCUGUUGAUGUGGAAGCUCCAGAAUACUUGGCCACAGACCUUGUUGUUUUCAUUUACAUGAAACCGGAGCCUCGAUGUACUCACUGCUUUCAAGCCACAUUGCCUGUGCACUGUCGUUACCACCGGCCAACAGAGAAUGAUGGGAGAGUGCCUGCUGCACUGAAGAAUCCUGAAAUACUGAUCCGCUGUCCUGAAAGUUUCCCACCAAUGAAGUGUUGGAAGCAUUCUCAUGUAGAAGCACCCUGUUCAGUGAGAACUGAGUCCACUUGUCAUUGGAACAAUGUGAAGUAUAAGCCUGUAAAUAAGGAACUGAUUCUGCAGGUUCCAGUGGGACUCAAGCAACACAGUUCCUUAGUAUGUGCAGUGACACUUCUUACCACAGUCUUGUGUUCGAGUCUGGUUCUUGCAGCCGUAUGCAAACAUGGUCACUUCUUCCUGGUGAACUGCUCAUAGUGAAACCAAACCUGGCCUUAUUGUAUGAAGCCAUAUGGAUUGAGACUACAGCCUCUGGAUCUCAUGGGCAUCAUUUUUCAUCUUCUGCUGAAACUCAAAGAGCUCAUCUUGUGACUUCUCCUACUGCAGGUUGACAAGUGCUCCAACCCUGGUUUCUUGUUCUCCCUCAAUUCAGUGCUGGAUGAUGAUGGCUGUGUCUACUUCAUGCACUACCUUGGUUCACAACUCCUUUUGCAUCUGUUUGGGGAAAGGGAGAAGUUAAAGAAAACAAUUGCAGAUAGACUUUGUUACCUAUUUACAGGUUUCCCUCACCAACUGAGGGGGUUAGGCUCCUGAAAGUUUCCAUGGAUGGCAAAACUGUGGUUGGUAAGACAAAAGGGUUAUGGGAAAAAUAGGGUAUGGGACUUGAAUAUGAAUAAUAAAGGAACAUACAAUGUAUAAAAAUCAUUGUUUAU